ACGUAUAAAGUUGUGCUGCUCGGCGAGUUGGGGGUCGGGAAGACUUCGCUGUUCCGCCGACUCAAGGACAACACGUUCGACGAGUACCAGACGGCGACCACGGGCAUCGACAGCUGCACCAAGGUCGUCAAGGUGGACGGGGAGACUGUCAUGCUGAGUAUCUGGGACACAGCUGGCGUGGAACGGUUCCGGACUCUGACACGGAACUACUAUCGCAACGCCCAUGCAGCUGUGUUUGUGUACAGCAUGUCUGAGGCCUCGUCUCUCCACUACCUGGCCCAGUGGAUCAGAGACACUGAGAGCUUUGCGCCCAACGCCACUCGCAUGCUGGUGGGGAACAAGUCAGACCAGGAGUCUCUGGGAGAGAUUGAUGAAAACACCGCACACUCCUUUGCCACAGCCCACAAAUUUGAACUUCACUACAAGACGUCGUGCAAGACCAACGAAGGGAUUGGAGAGGCCUUCUCGAAGCUGGCGCACGCUCUCCACAGGCCAGAUUCACUCCAGUCAGAGCUGCGAAGACCAGCAGCCCAGGGCUCAGACGACAUAGUGAACAUUUCUGAUAGCAACAAUACUUCAAACCCCUCCUCAUGUAAGUGUUAG